CUAGAUCUAUUUAUAUGUCGGUUUUCCUGAUAGCUGAUUUGUACCCCUUUUCUGAAUGAAAACUGAUUAUUUUAGGCUUCUCCAGUUGUCUCACUAUGGCAGAAAUGAGGAAUACGUCACUUGGGAAUAGCGGAUAUUAGCCAAUAAACAGUACUUCUACUUGUAGAACGAUGCAUCUGUACCGAGACCCCCUAUGGCACGCCUGGCGCGCCGUUGACGUUCUCGUUGACGGCCAGCUGCAGCGCGGCCACGUCAUCAACGUGGCGGAGGGCGGUCUGAUCAUUGAUUUCGGAUGCGCCGGACAGCGUUCGCAGCUGGUCGAAUACGGGCGCAUUUUCCACAGCAGCUCGACGCACUCCUUUUAUGCUACACUCGACGAGCAAGCACUGCUACGGCGCCCGUCCGACGGCGCGUGGAUCUGGCAUCCGGGACGGGUGGUGCCUCUGGGAGGGUGCCGGCACGAAGAGUGCCAAUGCGUGGACGUCCAGCUACCCGAUGGGACCAUCAGGGAGCUGGUGCGCUGCAGCCAGGUGCGCUCACCGCCCUCGGAUGCGGAACUCCAGGGGUGGCGCGUCGGGAAGGGGGACUUCGUUAUUCGGGAGUGUGCACUGCCCGUUCAAUUUUGGAGGAAAGGGUCGCAGGGGCUCGGGGAGAUUUUUAGUUGCCAAUUGGGCCGCGACUGCGCCGUGCUGUGCACGUCGUUGCUCAGCCAGACGCUGGUCUACCUUCAGCAUCACACUGGCAACCCACUGCGGCCGAAACAAGUGGGACUUGUAUACAAUAAGGCGAGAAGCGAGAUGGAUAAACGCUUCUUUGCGAAGACACCGAUCGUCUCCAAAAAUAGAAAGCGCAAGAUUGCCGGUAGUCGCCACCGAAACCUGGCUUUGCCAGUUGAGCUGCUGAUCGAGGUCUUCCAGUCGCUAGACUCCAUCGACCGCGUCCGUUGUCGCCGUGUCAGCCCACUGUGGAACGACAUUCUCACCACGGACGCCUAUUUUCCCGAUGUGCGCAUUUCCGGCACUCGUGAUUACGGCGAGGUUCCGCUGCCCGACGCAUCUAAAUACUGGAUCACUGCGUGCUUGCUGAAAUGCCUCAGUAAUGCCACGAAGACGCUGGUGCUCAUGCAGCUGGGAGCCGAGGCAUGUGCAGAAGUGUCCCUGCUCAUCCAGCACAUCCUCAACGGCCACCGCAUCCCGACGACAGUGUUCUACGACUGCGAUUUUAGCUGCCAGUAUGAUUUAUUGGAGCGGGUUCUUCAGGGCGCCGCUGGCUUACUCUGGAAGUGUUCCUGUCACCGGAUCGUGUGGAAGAAGUGCCGGAUGUCGGAUUACAGUUUGUCGGCGGCGGUGGCGCUGCAUACGUUUAGUGUUCGGUCAGAAGAAGAGAUGGAGGAGCAGCUAUGGGAUGUUUUUGAGGGAAAUCUGCAGCUGACGCGACCGUUGGAUCGCGUGGCCGUGGAGGAGUGGAUUCUCGACGUCCUGGGUGAUGGCCAUCAGCAUCAUCUGAAUGAUAUUAUUUUAACGGGUUUGAAUGAAUACCAGAGCGCCGAUCCGCGCCCUACCACGCAGUACCGCGAUCGCGAGUGGACGGAGAUGGAUAUCAGCGAGGUGGACGAAACGCUGCUGACCGCGCUGACGAUGGCCUACCUGCAGAAAAUGAUGGACGAAGAAGCAUUUUAGCUGCUGGAACUGAUGCAGAUUACAAUUUCACCUACACUGGAAAUUCUUCAUUACAAUUUCACCUACACUGGAAGUGUUCCAGGAAGUGCAGCGGAAGUAAGAGAAAAUCAAAAGGUAAGGAAGUACGAUGGACUCGCGGAUCACUACGUAGUACAACCUCUGGCUUUUGAAACUACGGGAACUUUUGGGCCGCUAACAAAGAAAUUUUUUAAGGAGUUAUCGAGGAAGAUUUGCGCAUGUAGCGGUAACCCACGGUCGGGGGAGUUUUUGCGCCAGAGAUUCAGUAUUGAGAUACAACGAGGAAGUGCAGCGUCUGUCCUCGGAACUUUUAUUAAACAUUAGAGACAACUAGGAUGUGUUUUUAGCAUUUAGAUUGGCUGGUCGGGAAUAAUUAGUGCCCGAUGUUGUUUCUCUUGG